AUAGCAAGUUUUCAGAAAUGGGGGUAAUAUCCUUUCUCAAGCUUCUUGUAUCAAUUUAUCAGCAUAAGAUUAUAAUAAAGGAUAACCUGCAAGUCCUAAAUAUUCAUAGCAAUAUUAAGCUAGGAGAUAACUUGAUAAAUGAAUUGAUGCAAACCCAAGGAAAAAAAAUCCGGUUAAUUAUUGAAGUAAACACUAAAUUAGAUGGUAAGAAUUAG